CGCAGCGCGCUGGGCGCAGGAGGCGCGCGGGGCUGGAGAGGAGCGCGCACCCGCCUCCGCUCCGCCUCCGUCCGGGGGCGCGGGCGCCGUGGCCCCGGCGGAGGAUCGCAGGGGGCAGGGCCGAGACAGAGAGGAGGGGCACCGGGGGAAGCGGGAGCGAUAAAAGGAGGCAAGGCUGCCCCACCCCGAGGCAGGCCGGUGGGCAGGCUCUUGCGUCCCUUCCGUCCGGCCUGUGCCGGCGGCGAGGAGGCGCGCGGCCCGCUGCCGGCCCAUGGAGGCUUUCCCUUGGGCGCCACGCUCUCCCCGCCGCGCCCGCGCCCCCGCGCCUAUGGCGCUCGUGCCCAGCGCCCGCUACAUGAGCGCCCCGGGCCCGGUGCACCCGCAGCCCUUCAGCUCCUGGAACGACUACCUGGGGCUCGCCACGCUCAUCACCAGGGCUGGAGACCGCAGCUCCCCGCCCUCCUCAUCCCACUGCUCCUCGCACGAAAGGUCCGGGCCCUUGGCGGCGGGGCCCACGCUUGAGCCGCCCGACGACGAAGAGGACGACGAUGGCGAUGAGCCAGGGGCCCGGGACCGCUACCUGGGCGGCGCGCUGGAACUGCGCGCGCUAGAGCUGUGCGCUGGCACUGCUGAGACCGGGCUGCUGGAGGAGCGCUUCGCUGAGCUAAACCCGUUCGCAGGGCGCGCCGCCGCGGUGCUGCUGAGCUGCGCACCCGCCGCCUCCGCCGCCCCCACGGCCGAGGUGACGCCGCAAGAGGUGCCGGGCCCUGCGUGGGCGGCCGAGCCUCGUCUGCACGCGGCCUCCGGGGCGGCCGCCGCACGUCUGCUGAAACCAGAGCUGCAGGUGUGUGUGUUCUGCCGGAACAACAAGGAGGCGGUGGCGCUCUACACCACACACAUCCUCAAGGGCCCCGACGGCCGAGUGCUCUGCCCGGUUCUGCGCCGCUACACGUGCCCCUUGUGCGGUGCCAGCGGCGACAACGCACACACCAUCAAAUAUUGCCCGCUUUCCAAAGUGCCACCGCCUGCUGCCCGCCCGCCGCUGCGCAGCACCAGGGACAGCCUGCCCAGCAAGAAGCUGCGCUAGGGCCAGGCUGUGGACACCUGAAGUCAUGGUCGCGCCUCCUUUCCCGUGACUCAACUUUCCAAGUGGUCUUCGUUUUGCGGAAGCCGGCGGGGCGCAGCAGUCUCCAGCGGAAUGGUCGGGUCUCUGACGUUCAAAUCUUGAAUUUUGUCUCUUAGUUUCUAAAGCGCGCGUCCAGAACCGUGAGGACUGAACGAGUAUGCCACCGGCUUUAAGUGGCGACUGGAGUUGCUUACUGUAUACGUCGGCCUAUUUUAGGUGCGCAUCAUUAUGAAAUUGUCUCUGAUUUGGGAUGUUUCGUUUCAUGAAUGGAGGCACUUUAUUAGGUCUAGAGUAUUUUUUAAUAGCCUCUGAACUUUAGUGUGUAAAACUAACCAUUUUAUGGAAUGUCGGCAAACGUCUAUUUUAUUGUUUGAUGCAAUUUAUUAACUUUUUAAGUUUGUCCUUACUCUAUUUGCAGGUAAAACAAUUCAGUACACGUCCCAGUAUUAAUUUAAGAGGGUGUUCCUCAUCGUGGCUUGUUUCUGUCCUAACUGGGAGGUUUAAAGGCACAAUCUGUAGCAGGUAGAAUCGUUCUUAACCUUUUAUGUAUCAGAUAUUCUACUGAAUUAAUAAGUAGCCCUUCCUACCCUUAAAAUUAACUGUGCCAAGUCCUAAUCAUAUCAUGUUCAUAUUUGGAAAUGGUGCUGUUUGAGAGACUUGUGUAUUUAUACAGUGACAGUAUACGAAUACAUUAAUCUCCCCUGUAACUCCUACUUAGCAUUUCCUCUAUGCACCAUUCCCCAACCUGUCCAAUUCUUUAUCAUGUCUGAUGCUAAGAUCAGAAAGGAGGAAACCCAAGAACAGUGUUUUAACUCACCUUGAUUGUUCCAUUUCAGGCUUCCUAAAUAGAAAAUGGUAAACUAUGAAGCAAUAACCUGAGAUCCAGAAGGUUGUACUCUGGGCUGUCUGCCUUCAGAUAUACAGGUGUGCCAAAAUAAACACCAUUUAAAGGCUCUAAUAAUUGGGGUUGGAUGCAAGUAUCAUGACCUCCCUGGUUAUGAUUCCACUUUUACUGGUCUGCUUCCAGAACGUGAUCUCGAGGUUCCUAACCCCUUAUUUCCAGUAAAUCCAUCACAUUGAAUGCUGGACUAUGGCAUAUAACUGCCAUCCAGACAGAAGAGGCAAAGAUGGAAGGUGAACUAAAAUAAACUCAGACAUAACACUAUCUGAAAAUACCAGGCAAGAGUAUAUAAAACUUCCGGUAGUCAGAUUAGCUACAAGUACUGAGUAGACUUUCAUAUGAAACUUAAUUUUGACAACUGGCUUCCCAUGUACCAGAGUGAUAUAAAAAUACUGAAUAGCUGUGCACCCUUUUGGUAAAAGGGGGUAGGGGUCUUGGGGUACAUCAUAUCAUAUACAAGGAGAAGGGGUUGGUGGAAAGACAUUUUUAGCAAGGAAGAAAAUACCCUUUAUACCCGUUGCAGCCCCACAGAACUGCAGAUUCCACUCGGCCUGGGCCUAAACUUAAGUAACAAAGCAUGUAGUUUCUUGUUCUUUUGCUAAAAAAAUAAACCAUUUGUUUUGGGGCAAAGUUUUUCAAGUUAACAUAAACUCACAUUCUUUCCCCUAACCGGUCUGUUUUUCAAAAACUGAGCAUUCUCAAAGGCAACAUCAAGUCAUUCAGCUCUUUGAAAUUCACUACACAUGCCUUGGUGGAACUCCUGAAUUUCAAAGAGCACACACCUUACCAAACCAGGGGUGUUGAGAUAUGCAUUCCUGUUCAGUGGGUGGUACUAAGGCGACCCCAAAAAAUGUGCUCACAUUAAGUAUCUGUUAGACUAACAAAUGGGGAAAUGGCUACCAAUAAAGUGCUGAGUUCUAUCCCCAGCACCCACAUAAAAAUAUGGGAAUGGUGAUAUGCUUAUACUCCCAGUGCUGGUGACGCAGAGGUCAGCCUUGCUAAAACCCUAUCUCAUGUUAGGUGGGCUCAUGAAGACUAUCCCUCUGAGGCUGACCUUUACAUAUGUGCACAUUUAUGUGCAGUUUUGGGUGAUUUUUAAGCUAUGGUCUUAACCACAGGGGAAGCAGGCUAGCUCCAGGUUUGGAGAACUUCAGAUUCAAAGAAACACCUUGUGUGAACAAAAAAAAAAGUGGAAUGUGGGGGCUGGAGA